AUGACACAAGGAUCCCGUAGAAAAUUGCUGUCUAUUAAUGAAAACCAAAUUGGUGACACCGUUAAUGAAGCCAAGGAUGAUAGUGAAACUGAAGGAAAAACAGACAAAAUAAUAACGGAUUUCUUAGGAAAUGCUGUUGAAUGCUCGGAGGCAUCAAAAAAUAUUUGUUCAGUGCAUAUGGAACAAUAUCCUGAUGAUGAUUUGAUUGAUCUCCGCUUAUGUUCAUCUUUCCUCAGAAGGCUUCCGAAAUCAAUAGCAACAUCAUAUCUAUCAGAAAUGGACAAUAUAACGGAAUCUUUAAUUCCUGAUAAUGUGCACCAAUUCCUAGUGCAAUUCUUUUCACAAAAGAUUUCUGACGAUGAGUGGCAAAUUAAAGUUGAUGAUCUACGAUCUUCAGAGCAAGAUAAUCCUCUAAUGACUGCACUGAUUCGAAUUUUACGUCGCACAUUGCCACAAUUCAUAAAAGCAUUCUCCCUUGGGUCCCAAAACCCUCUUUUAAAUAUUGCAACAAUCGAGCAAGCGCAUCUCAAUGCAUUUAUACAUCCGUGCCUCGAUAGUGCUCUAUGGUAUUUAGCCAACAUACAUUACGAAUAUGGAGAAAUUCCAUCCAGAAACCAUAUUAAUAAGAACCGCGCCGAUGGUGUUGGUUUUAUGACCGAUAUUGAUAAAUUCCAACUUGUGUACUUCGAAGGAUCAAGGCCUGCUGAGAAGAAACCGGAAAAGGAAAUUACUGAUGCUAAAAAAAUUUCUUACAAUUUGAAAAAUCUAUAUUCAAACGUCGUAAAGGAAGUAAUCAAAAACCGUAGGCGUUUGCCAAAGAAGUUGUUCAUGUUUGGUGGACAAAGUUUUCGACUACGUCUUCACUUAUAUUAUCUUGAUUAUUGUGGAAAUUUUCGAUUAAAUGAAGUCGAUAACGCUAAUUUGCCACGAGAAUUUUCAGAGAUGCAAAAUUUUAUAUACUUUUAUGAAUGUAUAGUUAAAUGGGCGUUGUUGGCCCAGGACGUCAUAAAAUCUUUUGAUAAAGCAAGAACCGAGCAGAGACCUUCACGUCUCUCAUAUGCAAAUGCCCUUCUUCAACUAGAUGAAUAA